ACAAACGUUUUCCAAGUUUCCGUUCUCUUUAACGGCAAUGACUCUGCGUUGAAGGCAAUCCAUUGUUAACAUUUCUGCAUCGGAUCGACUUCAGCGGCUAACGGUUUGGAAGGAGACAAAGGGAUGAUGGUCCUUGCAAGAGAGAUGGACAUCCCAAACCUCUCCAAGAAGCUCAGGUACCUCUCAGGCUCCUUCUCUUUCUUUCCACCACUUCCUCUUUUUCUACACCACCCACCCAAAGCCCUACUCUUUCUCAGCAAACCCUUUUACUCUCUCAAUCCUCCAUGCUCAAUCUUCCAUCCACACCGAAGUCAUACAUCCCCAGCUUCGCAUCAUCUACAUUCUUGGGAGUUGCUGUGUUCAAAUAGAUUCAAGUAUGGAUACCCAGUUCCGACUAUUAGGCUGCUGCGCUAUCGGACUCUCUACCGGCUGUUUUCAGGGUCUUCUUCGAAUGAUUCUUCUUCUUUGAUGUCCCUUAAAUUUUCUGCUGAAAAUAGUUUAUUUCAGAAGAUGGAUACUGUUAGUUCUGGAGAAUCUCAGGCCACGAUCAGAGGGAUUGAAAGCCAUGCGACUAAGAAACAUGUUUCGGAUGUUAUCGAGGUCAUUAGAAGGGAUGAAAGUGACUUGGGGCUAAAGUUGGAUUCGAUGAAUGCACGCAUUUCAAUUGCUUCAUUUUGUGAGAUUUUUCGGGUUUUGAAUUGCGAAAAAGUGUCUGCAUUGCGUUUCUUUGACUGGAUUAAAUAUUCACAACCAUAUCUUUCUCGUAAUCCCCAUAUUUGCAGUUUGGUUAUUGAUAACUGCGGCCGAUUAAGUGAUUACAAAUCAAUGGGUUGCCUUUUCAAUGAAUUUAAGUCGAAUCAAGUUUGUCUCACGGAAAAGGCAUUUUUGUUCUUACCUGUCGUCAAUUCAAGUAAGGCUUCAAUUAUGGAAGCUAUCAAAAGAUUGAUAGAGCUGUUAAAUGAAGUUGGCGGGUCGUGCCUCGAUUCGGGCAUUCGUGCAUUGAUUAAAAUGCUUUGCACUCUCGAGUUAUUUGAUAUUGCUAAAUUUGUGGUGGAGAUGAAAGAGAGGAAGGUAACUUACUACAAUAUUUUGAUUAAGGAAAUGUGCGGGAGAAGUAAAUUUGAAGAAGCACGACAUAUAAUUGAUGAAAUGAAGCAUUUGAGUUGUGGUCCGAGUGUUAGGACAUAUAAUUAUCUGCUCAGUAAUUUAUGUAAGAGAAAUAUGAAUUCUGAAGCUUCCAGUGUGCUUGAAGAAAUGAAAGAAAAGGGUUGUUUUCCUGAUGCACAAACCUUUGAAAUCUUUAUUUAUUAUUCAUGUAGGCUUGGAAAGAUAAAUUUUGCUGUUAAUUGUUUUGAUCAGAUGGUUUCUAGUGGUAUUAAACCUCGUCUUCUAACACAUGCUGCCUUUAUAAAAGGUUAUUUCUAUUCAAGACAAUAUGAAGAGGCAUAUAAUUAUCUGGUUGCUUCAAGUGGUAAACAUAGAUGUUCAAGCAAUACAAUUUACAGCUUGCUUGCAUGCCUUCAUCGGAAACAGGGAAAUCUUGUUGUAGCCCAAAAUAUUCUCGUUGAAAUGAUUGAUAAGGGUCUCAAACCAAACUUCCCUGUUUAUAUAAAAGUUUUGAAGCAUCUCCGCAAGUCAGGCAGGCACAAUCUGGCCAGAGAUUUAAAGAUUAAGACGAGAGUCCAUUCAGAUUGCAUGGAAAAAGGGCAGCUUUGAUCAGAGUGUUUCAUCCAGGUGCUAUUUCAGUAACUACUAGAGUAGGAGGCAGAUUAUACAAUUGAAUUUAUCAAGCAUAAAAUAAAGCCAGUGAUGACUUGGUCCUAGAGGAGACCUUGAGUAUGGAGUUGUAAUGCUGGUGAUUCCUGUUCCUGUGAUUUGGUUCUCCACUUUUCAGUUUGCAUUGACUACUAGCUGUUUAAUAUAGGAGAGUCAAUCUUGCUUUUUGAAAAAUUAAACUCAGGCAGAAAUUGUAGGAUUUGUUCAAGUAUUUUGAUAUAUUUUUAGCAGUUAGUUCGCAAAUGGAAUCAUUCUACUGUAAUAUACUCUUAUCUCUUCCCUCAAAGAUAAAAUCUGAUGCAAUGGAGUUAAUAAUUGCCACCAUUGUGCCACUGGUAGCAACUUCUUCAAGUACACUGAUUGUAAGAUAUUUGUCAGAUUGGUAUCUCUCUCUACACACACACACACACAAACACGAACACUCUUCUCUGUUUUUUUCAGCUGACCCUAUUAUGUUGUAACCCAACUUGGAAUUGAAAUAUUGUGAAUACCCAUUACUGAAAAA